CCUGUUGCAAGCAAUGAGGACACCCUGGUAUUUACUGUAUAUUAUUUCAGCAGUGUUACAUGUACUCAUGAAUGUUGGAUUGCUGAAGAGCUGGGGGGUAGGACCUCACCUCCCUGCAGCCAGCUCAAGAGGGGUCAGGGUGUAGAGGGGACAUGAGUUUCUCAAAGUUGCAUGGCAGUGAUGCUAGGAGGUCAAGCUGGCAGGAGUACCUGGCAUUCCAAACAGCCCUUUUCAUGCCUAGGUACAUAGAUACAGGUAACAGGGAUAAGUAGGGCAGGGUAUAAGAUGCCUUGUGCCCUUGGGUACAGGGUGAGAACCUAACUAGGGUAUCAAGAAAGCUGCUUAAAACUUGUCUCUCCAAACUGAUGGCCAAGCACCAAACUCAAAGUCCCACUGUCUGCUGAGGAGCAUGAAAGCUGUGCCCACACCAGGGUCAUAGUGUCUGUACAGAUGAACCUUUCUCCCAGAUCAUGCAGCCUACCCAGGCAGAGACAUCACCCAUGGGGAUCACAAGGGAAAGCAGAAACCAGCACAACCCACCUGCUUCAACCAAGCAUCUUCACUGCAGAUUUCAUCCUUCUCUUAGAGGAAAUGAAAAGCAAAAAGCCAUUCUUCCCCUUUUGAGAAACAACCAAAUAUCUGAGUUCUGAUUUCCCAUCAGGGAAUAUUUUAGAGUGAUUCAAGGGCAAGUAUGAAUAUACAAAAUAAGAACCACUCUGUUUCUGGUAGAACAGUAGGAAAAAGCAUGGAAGUGCAACAGAGAAGAAAGUCUAAGCAACCUUUUUGUUGUUGUUGUGGGAGAUGGUAGUGAGCAAACCUACCCACUACGAAGAGCUUUUUCCAGGAAGUGUAGGUUGCUGUACCCUGUAUCCCCUGAGCAGCAGGUGUUCACACAACAGUUCUCAUGCUACUUGCAAGCAGCACAUUUGGAGGAGCCCCAGCAACCUGCACAGAGGAUGAACAAACCCUAUGGCCCUGAGGCACCCCGUCCCAUCGGCAGCACAUCUCCUGGCAUCAUGAAAUUGUUCAUGGGCUUCCUCAUUGUAUUUAUUGUAGUGCAGACCAUUGGGACCGUGCUCUUCUGUUUGUAUCUUCACAUGAAGAUGGAUAAGAUGGAAGAGGUGUUGAGCUUAAAUGAAGAUUACAUUUUCCUGAAGAAAGUACAGAAGUGUCAGACAGAAGAAGGUCAGAAGUUGACAUUAUUGGACUGUGAAAAGAUUAUAAAGGGCUUCCAGAACAUCCAGUGCAAGGACAGACUCCUCAAGGAGCAGCCCAAGUUUGAAAUGCAGAGAGGUCCCGAGUACCGUGAGCAUCCCCAUUUGACGCACAAGAAUGAGACAUCUGUGGCAGCAGAGAAGAGGGAGCCAAUUGCAGUUCACCUGGCAGGUCAGCAGAGCAACAAGGCAGGCUCAGUGCUGGAGUGGAAGGAGACCAUGUAUGGCCCCACAAACAGCUUGAUAUCCAACAAGGAGGGGAAACUGAAGGUGGAGGAAGCAGGGCUCUACUACAUCUACUCCCAAGUCAGCUUCUGCACCAGGAAAGUGUCUUUGGCACCCUUCACCCUCUAUAUUUAUUUGCAUAUCCCCAAGGAAGAGGACCGGCUCUUGCUGAAAGGACUAAAGACACAGAGCACCUUGAAGACCCUCUGUGAACUCCAGUCCAUCCGUGUGGGAGGUGUCUUCAACCUCCAGGAAGAUGACAUGGUCUUUGUCAAUGUGACAGACUCCACAAAAGUGAAGUAUAGCCAUGGCAACACCUACUUUGGCAUCUUCAAGCUGUAGUGAGAAGAGAGCUGUCCUGAGCUGGAAAUCCAGCCCAACUUUGUUGAGCAAAGUGCCUUUCCCUUUUUCCCUUAUUUAUGUUCCUCUGCCUCUCUGUUUUUCUUGUUUCUUAAUUUGUAUAUUUGUUAUUUAUUAAUGAGGUCAAAGGGGCCCUGAGAACACAAAUGGAACAAAGUUUGAAGCUGUUAUUGUUUGCUCUCAGAUUUUUUCUUUUGCAGCCAGUGAUUUGGUACACACUGGUGUUGUGUGUCUAGGUCCACCACACCCCACAUUACUGGCAGGAUCAAUGUCCUUGUUAUGUCACAAGAGCUUUGUUUACCAAACUCUACCAUCAAUGUUUCUUUCCUAGGAAUGUAGGAUGGCUCAAGGCACUUCAGCCAAGCUGGGUUCAUACAUAUCUCCAGAAUCAAUCUGCUUACAAACAUCAAUGGAAAAACAUAAAAAGGCUUAGGAACAUCUCCUCUAAAGGAAUCAGUAAGCCCAUCACUGUCUUUAUAUGGUAGCUGCUGGUAAGGCAAUGUUGCCACCCCAACUGUCUGCUGUAUCUGGAGAACCCCCUUUUUUCCAUUCAUGCCUGUCAGUGAAAAUCAACCAACUUCCUGAGUGCUAUUGCCUUGGCUGGGUUCAUACUUGGUAACAAUCUCUCUGCACCAGAAGAGUAAGUGGUGGCUGAGGGAGGACUGCAGAUUUCAAGACAGAGAGAAGGUAGGGCACUAGUGGUGGUCUGCUCUUGGUGACUUGAAUCUAGUCACCAGACCGUCCUCGUGCCUCUGCAGGCAGAGGAACCUUUGCCUGUGGACAGUUUCAUGCCCCUAUGGAAGGGGCAUUGGGCACCACCAUGAAAAUUGGAGCUGCAUCUUAUCCUGAGACCCCUCCUACACAAGAAGGAGGACCAGGAAAGCACAGGGGUGGCAGGACCAUCUGCUUCUUCCCUCCAAGGUACAUGUGCAGAGCAUCUUCUGGCUCUCCUCAGUGAGGAUGUGUCCACAGUGGCACUUUUCCUGGAGCUCCAGGAGAGCAGGACUGUGCAGGUGGGCAGGAUCCCUCUUGGGCAGGGGGUACCUGGGUGACACAGCACACUAGCGUCUUCACAACCCUAUUCUCCGGCUUGGUCUGCAGGGAAGGUGAUGAGGGCACAAGGACAUUGAUGCAGCAUUUUAAAAAACAUUUGAAGAUGACAUGUGACAAGCCUGGGGUUUUUGAUUAUACAGGUCACACUUAGAGUGUAAAAGUUUGGAAAUAAUCCUGGAUGCCAACAGGUUUACAACUGGAAGAGCUUCCAGAUUUGGGCAGUCUUUAGGCUUUGUUGUGCUGGAGGCUGCAGGUCUAGUCCUAACGGUACCCAAAUGCCACCACUGGUGGGGCAUUCUUUGCACAGCUCAUUGCAGAGCUGGGUGCCCAGCACAGCCCCCUCCAAAGUCAAUAGAGCUCAGGGACUGUCUCGUUUCACUAUAAUUUAGUAAGUAUUUUUGGCCAUUCUCCAAGACUCCCUAACUUUUUUAGGGGAUGGACCACUCUUGUCUGACAUCUUGUAUAAAGACUAUUUAUUUAAGUAAACCCAUCUUAUAUUUGU